AUGGCUACUUAUAACUCUCAAUUUCAAGAAGAGACAAGGAACAACCACAAGAACACAAAUGCGUCAAUCAGAAAUUUGGAGGUUCAAGUGGGUCAGAUAGCACAACAUCUAUCUCUACAUGCACAAAGUACUCUUCCAAGCUCAACUGUGAUAAACCCGAAAAAUCAAGAGAAUGUGAAUGCUGUCACAACACGAAGCAAGAAAAUACCGGAAUCUGAAAAACAUGAUGAAACAGAUGACAAUAUGGUCGUAGAGGUGGACUUGGAAGUGAGGGAAACUGAGAAAACAACCAAAGAAGUCGUGACACCGGUAGAGCCAAAUGAAGAAAAAAAUAAAAAAGAGGCUAAACCGAUGAUCAAGUUGCCAUUCCCUACUAGAGGGGAAAAGAAGGAUUCAAAAGAGAACGAGUUUGAGAAGUUCACUACAUUGUUCAAGAAAAAAUUUAUGAAAGAUGUAAUUGCAAAGAAGAAGCCAACGGGAGAUGAACAAAAGGGAGUAAUUGAAAAGUGCGGGAGAAUCUCACCGGAAAGGAGAAUCCCAAUUAAGAAGAAAGAUCCUGGAGCGGUUGCAAUACCAUGCACCAUCAACAACAUAAAUUUUCCCAAGGUUUUGAUCGAUUCAGGUGCUAGUGUGAGUUUGAUGCCUUUAUCCAUUUUCAAAAAGCUGGGUAUUGGAAUAGUAAGGGAAAAAGGAAAAAAGCUGAAAUUUGCAGAUCACACCAUCAAGCAAGCAUACGUGGUAGCUGAAGACGUGUUGGUGGAAAUUGACAGAUUCAUUUUUCUAGUGGAUUUUGAGAUCAUGGAUAUUCCGGAAGAUGAAGAGACGUGUGGUUCAUUUUCAAAGGGAGUUGUCAAUAACCUUCCUUCAAGGAGAACGAGUGACAAAACUGAGGAUACAAACAUAGUCUCACCAAAUAACAAUGUUGAAGAUAAGAAUGUUGAGCUAGAUCUUGAGACAUUAAUUGGUGCCGAAAUCAUGAAGGAGCUACUUGAUGGAACUAAAACUCGUGGGAUUAUUAUUUCCUACAUGACCUAUGCAAAAAUAUUUCAAGUUAUGUAUAGAGAGACUAGAAGAAUGGAGUAUUUGAAAAUAGAUGAAAUUUUGACACAUAUAGUAAAAAAGGAAGAGAAACAUGUGGUUCAAAAAGCACCACAACCAAAGGUACAACACGUACCACCAGAAAGCAAGAGUUCAGAGAAAAUUAUUGAAAAGAAAAUGACAGAGGCUACUACGCCUAAAGAGACAUUCAAUUCAAUAAUAAGCCAGAGAAGAGUUAUUAAGAAAAGGAAUCAAAAUAGUUCAAAUGAAGGUAGUUCUCCUCUACAUGGAGUUGUCAAUAAGAUUACUUCAACCAUUUGUAGAAAAAUACAGAAUAAAAAUGAAGUCCCACCAAAUGACAGUUCUAGGCAAGUGCCAACACCAAGGCCUAAACCAAAAUGA